AUAAAAAGAAAUAUGUAAACUUGACAAAAUGCCAUUCUUGAAUCCAUGGUAGCAAAAUUAAUGUGUGAAACGAAUAAAAAUUCUUUGUAAAUGCGUGAGCAAUGUAGAUUAUUUGUGUUUUGUUAUGUCUGAUCCAGCGGAUGGAGAAUACUAUGUUGUUGGUCUCAUAUGGCUAGCGAUCUGUACUUUGUACACAACUGUUUUGACGUUCACAGCACUCGGUGUGGUACUGGUUCUAAGGAAGCGCCGGUCGUCCAUACUGAAGAGCCAGCGUCCAGCUCGCACGCCCUUCUCGGAGCUGGAGUUCAACGUGGCGACACCCACUGACACGGCCAAGAGUCGACGUGUCAGCUUCUCACGGCGGACGGGGGUCGCGGAAUUCGUAACUAACGAAGCGACGACAACUUGGAAGAACUUUUACGAGGAGCACAACAAGUCUCUCGAGUCGUCCGGCAACGACUCCGGAGCGAACGCAUCCCGCCAACCAGUCGGCCAUCUUGGCAAGAGGCUAUUCGACGAGCAAUUCGAAGAAGUCGAAGCCGUCGACUUUUUAGGCACCCUCAACCAACUAGAGAGCAACAGUCUAAUAAAUAAUGUGAAUUUCACCGAACAAAUUGCUUCCUUCGAUUGCACGGCUGAUGGGAGACUCACGGCUCCAAAAAAUAAAUUCGAACUCAGUGCCUUCACUGAUCAACAAAGCAAACUAUUCGGAAAUGAUUUCACUGUCGCAUGCAACGAGACGUCGGGCCGCAUCGACGUCAAUUUCUCUGCGAUGCAGCACAUUACGGGGAACGAUGACCUAGACGACAUACAGAGAGACCUAGAACGACAGUCGAACGUCGCCUGCCAAGGCCCGUUUAAUGACAGGCAAAAUAUGUCCGAGUAUAUUGAAGUGGAUUUGAAUAUGACGCAUGUAGCUAUGAAGAAUGAUGAUGAUAUGUCGAUCACUGAGACGGUUUUGAGCCCGAAAGUUCAGGAGAUUUCGAAGAAUGCAGAUAAAAAUACUAGUAAGAAUAAUGAUUGGGCUAUGGAUAAAGAAAAUAUUGCAGUUAACCCUUACGCGCCGGCAAAGGAGUCUGAAAACUUCGCUCUCAACGACGAACCCGGGCAAGUGCUGGUAUUUGAUGGGAAAAGGUUGACUCUACAGCCUGAAAAUGUUGAAAGAGAUAGACAAAUGAUACAACCGAAACAUUCAGCUGAAACCCCUCAGCGUAAAACUAUAGUUUUGAACGUCAACGACGAUUUACCGAACUUUGUCGACGACAUGCUCAACUCCAAAUGCGAUAAUUCAGAAUUUAGUGGUGUACAUGAACUGAAAUCGACUUUAUACGACAAUAACCUCUCUAUGACUCUACCUGUUAAUAGAGUUGAUAUCAUAUCGAAAAGGAAAACGAUUAUCGAUUCGGGAAAUAUAUCGAUUACCCAAGCUUUGCCUUCUAACAUUUUUGUGAAUGAUGUCAAUGAGAAAUCUGAAAAAAGAAAAACUAUACUCUAUGAAGAACAGUCCGGGAAUAUAUCUAUGACUCAAGCGUUACCUGGCAACAUUAUACAGAAUAAUCCUGAACGUCGUAGGACCGUAGUUUACGAAGACGAUACUGGCAACAUUUCAAUAACGCAAGCGAUUCCAUCGAACGUUCUUCUAGAUAGAGAAAAGACAGAAAAAAGAAAGACAAUUGUCUUUGAUGAUGACGGAGGCAACAUAUCUGUGACUCAGGCUGUAUCCUCAAACCUAAUAUUACCAGAACAACAAGAAAAACGAAAAACAAUUGUUUUUGAUGACGACGCAGGAAAUAUAUCGAUAACACAGGCCAUCCCUAACAUUCUUUUAACAGACAGGCAGCCAAAUGACAAACGCCGAACACUUAUAUACGAAGAUCAGACUGGCCGUGUGUCUGUCACAGAAGCUUUGCCAACAAUAUUCACGAAUGAGCCGGAAAGGCGACGCACAAUACUAUAUGACGACGGGGCUGGUAACAUAUCAGUAACACAAGCUAUAUCAAAUAUUAUACUAAAUACAGAAGAAAAAAUCAAAGAUAUUGACCUUACGGAACCCUCAAACAUACCAACGGAUAUUAUUCUAAAAGACACAGAUGUUAAUAGGAGAAAAACUAUCCUAUAUGAAGAAGAAACGGGUAAUAUAUCUAUAACUCAAGCCUUACCCACAAAUGUGAUUCAAGGGAUUCGUGAAAAUAAAAGCUAUGUCAUUUCGAAAGAGUCCAGUCCGUUUUGCAACGAAAAUAAACGGAGAACCAUAGUCUUCAGUGAUGAUUGUGAUAUUUCUGUAACACAAGCAAUACCUACUAAUAUCAUUUUGCCCGAAGACGGUCCAAACGCUGUAGUAAUUGAGAACUAUGGCUCAAAUGUUUCACUCACUCCUUCGAUCCCCGGUCGUGUAUUCGUAUUCAACAAAGAUGAAGAGGCCUUCAGCGAUAAAACAAGUAAUCCCGGAAGCGAAACGUCUGUCCCGGAUAGAGAAAGUUUAGACAAAAUUGAAGAAGACAGCAAAGAAGUUCUAGAAAUUAAUGAACAAAUUAAACCGAUGAUAGAGAAAUUGAGUGAUGACGUCACUACACUACCUGAUAGUGAUGCGACUAGUGAAGGGUCGACUCCAAUCAGUUCCUCAUUCACCGAUAGAUCGGAACUAGAGAUGGAUAUCGAUAAGAACAGUGUUGAUAUACAGAAAUCAGCUUCAUUUGAUAAAACAGAUCGAUUACCUAGGAUUCCUACUAGCUCGUUCAUAAUCGAUAAUUUAGAAUCGGCUGUUGAUAUUACUAAGAGUGAUAACAGAGCUAAUAUUAAACCUGUCCCUGGCAGAGUGACUGUAGUCGGGAAAAUUGAUUCGGAAGACAAAGUUCAUGAGCCAGAAAAACUUACUAAACCUACGCCAGGGAAAGUGUACCGUCUAGAGAAAUACGAGUCUUCCGUCGACGCCCGCGUUAGGAUGGUCGAGGAAGUCGACGAAGCCAGCCAGAAAGUCAUCGAUUACGAUGUCUAUGAACAAGACGUGUCCAUGGACGGAGCAGAGAACCAGCGGAUGUUAGUCAUCAACUCGGAAGCGCUACCAAAAGUCCAGAGUUUGAAUCAGGACUCGGAGAAACGUAAAACAGUGCUGUUUGAUAAUGAAAACGGAAACAUAUCUAUGACGAAACCUAUACCCGCGGAUAUAUUAGCGUUUCAAAACGAAGUACUCAACAAAUCCAACAGCAAACUUGUAGACCAGGAGCCAGACCAAAUAGCAAAUUGUCCCAAAGUGAUAGUGUACCAAGCGGCGACACACAGCGCGCCAAAACUGCCCAACAUGACCGACCAAGGUGACAGCCAGAGCAACAGUGACGUCAUCGUCAUCAAACACGAGGACAGAAUUAUCGAUUCACGAGAUUCCGUCCGAGAAGGUAGUGAAGAGAUAUCGCUGAACAUACAUCCACGGGUUGACGAGAAAACCGAGGUUAUGAAUCUGAAACGAUCGACUGAGAUGGAUGUCGACUCUUCGAUCACCACUACAGACAAGCAAAUGUCUUCGGAAUCUGAAGAUCACCCUGUAUUAUCGCAGCCUAAGGAGUCAGUACUGGACACACUCUUGGACAUGUCCUGCAGCUCUUUAGAAGGAACCGAGGAUAAGAAGCUAAUGACCAAGAUCCCGUCGGCGUCAGCUUACACAGUCAUGAAAACAGCGACCAAUGAAUCAUCCAUUGAAAGCAUUUUCUAUAUAACCAGAGAAAGUGUAGAAGACGCACGCAUAGACAAGCAACCCAUAGAAAUACACAGAAGCUCAACUAAAACUAUCAAAAUUAAAGAAAAACCGGCCAUUAUGAACCGGCCUUUACCUCUAGAAUAUAAAGAUGAAGAAGAUGAACAAGAAUUUCAAGAUGAUUUAGAAAAGAAACUAGCUCAACUCAAAUCGUCUGUGAACGAGGAAAAACGGAAUUCUCUAAACAAGAUUUAUGAGAAACUAGUCAAUCCCGAUCUUGAAGGGAUCGUAGAGAGAGACGAGAAUAGUAAAUUGAGACAGCAGAGUUUGAGUUUCAAGAGUGCUAAUGAUACGAAGGAAUUGCUCGAAAUGAUAUCAGACUUUACUGAUAAUAAUGAUGAUGAUGUCCCAGUUAGGGUUAGGAUGCGAGCGGUUUCUGAUGGCAAAACCGAAGCGACGUCCGAGAGUAAGAUCGAAGCUGCGGAACCCAGACGACUCAGCUUCGCGGCGAAUAGGCAAUCAAUAGUUUUAAGCAGAGAAGAUUUAUUGACUAACAUAUCCAUGGCACAGGCAGCGUUGCAGAAAUCCAGGCUAGAAUUAGAAGAGUCGGAAUGCAUUGACGAUGCAGAGGAAACCAAAGACACGACCAUAGACCACAGCGUUCUCAAAAAAUCCCCUCGCAUGAGCUGUCAAAACGAAGUUGUUAAAACGUUACAUUUUGACGACGAAUCGUUGAGUGAUUAUAGCAUGAGGUGCGAAUCAAAGCCUCAAUCGUCUUUAGCGUCACCGUUAAAGAAAACAGCGUUCGGCGAAACGUCGUACAUGACGGAAACUAAAGCGAAAGUCAUUCCUACGUAUUUGAAAGACGUAUCCGAUGGCAUAAAAGAGCUUAUGUUGGAUCUGGUUAAGCCAAUGGCGGAUACAAUGCCGUUCGAGGCUGGUGGAGUCGACAAAGGCGUUAGGAAAGCCCCAUCUACACAAAGCACGCAAAUUCAGGCUAAUUUGGUCACAUCCAGUCAAAUAGAUAUGGAAUCAGAGUACUAUUCAAAUGUUGAGUCGGGAUAUGACAUAGAUAAAUUGAGUUCUGGAGCGGGACCUUUGAAGUCAAGGUCCCGUUCCUUCAGGAGUCCUGUCAAAUUCUCAACGAACUCCUCAGAAAAGUCUUCUGAAUUUGAGGUCCCUAGCCCCCGGCAGAGGUACCAGUAUUCUAAGAGUCCAGAACCGCCCCCAUCGCACCCAAAAGUCUUGGUUUUCGACCACCAGAAUCCGUUAAACAACAUUCUGAUCGGUGGCAUGGAUUACUCUGACGCACACAAGUAUAAUCCGAAACGAUCUGACGAAACUCUCUGCGGGUCAGAGCGUCGUUCUGCAUCCAAGACUGAUAACCAGAAUAAGCAGAACCCUGAUGACGAAGACUUAGACUUGGAUAACGUAACAACACAGUAUCACAUGCAGACCAGACUCUCACUGGCCAUGCAGGGAGACAUACGCGCUUACAAAAACGAAGACGAGAGAAGUCUGAUCUCGAAUGUCAGUAAACCGUCAUCUAUAGAUCAGUCUAUAGAUGCUAAAGUCAUGGAGCUUAAAGACAUUGAAGUCAACACGCUUAUAGCCAUGAAGGGCAACAAGGAGCUGCUUGAAGCCAGUUCGUCGCUAACCUUAGUCGACGAUGCGAUUGGACAGAGAGCCUCAGAGAGGGAUGUCAAGAAGAAGUCGUAUUGCCAGGACGAAGACUGCGAGUACCACAAACUUAAGGUAUCCAGGUCUCCUGUCGAGAUUAUAUACAAAAUAGAAGAGCAAACAACCGGACCUGAGUUAACGGAGACCAGCAACGCGUCAAACGACGAAGAAACCACGGAAACAAGGAAGAUUAAAGCGAAGAAACGUUUCUACAGUCCAUGCGUCGACAAAUUCAAGCCGCCGCACGUAGAAAUAACGCCGAAACCUAAUUCGAAAAUGCAGAAGAUAUCAAAGAGUCCAAACAUUUAUCGAGUACAAUUAGAUCUACCGAUCACCGAAACGGCAACGAAAAUGGCCGCAGAGAAAGAUACCGACACGAUUGAGCAAAAGAAUUCUAAAGAAAAGCGAAAAUCACCCAAAAAGAAAGAGAAAACACCUGGAGCUAGUAUCACAGUACAACAACUUAUCACUGAGUAUCACGUCGAAGCUGGUUUGAACCAGAAUAUACUUGACAAACAGAUUCUAAAUGCCCUCGCAGCGUCUGAUAACUCAACAGCGCCUACGUCACAAUCUGACCUUGAGAGUAACAGCAUCGAGGUUACAAGUUCCUUUACCAGUAGCAAGAAUCUGAAUCAUAUGAAGGGUGUUCAUAGUUCGUCUACGACGCAAUCGCAGCAAUUGGCUGUACAAAGUCAGCCCUCCAGGGUCGACUGGCAUCCGGAACUAGUUAGUGCUAUGAGCUCGAAUGUGUAUGACUCUGAUUCUGGUGUGAAUGUCGUCGCGAAGAUUGAUAUGCUGCCUUUUAUGGGGAGUCACGAAUGCGAAUGGGAGUCCUCGUCAGCGGACACGUGGACGUUCCGCCUGCUGCACGGACGUCUGCGUCUGACGGCCCGCCUCGCGCACCGACACGACAACUCGACGCGCACCAGGGUCCGCGGAGACACGCCAGUGCUUGAUGUCUUUGUGGAGACAGUUCAGCAUGACAAGAAGAACCCCGUAGCGACCCUAUGCGUCCGCUUCGCGGGCGAGACGAUGCGCUACAUGGUGUCCCGGCUGUGUCGCGGGCCCUGCUCCGCGGCCGACGUCCCGCCGCUGCUGCGCCGCUGCGCCGCCGUGGCCCGCGUGGCGCUGCGCUGGGGCCGCGCCAUGCACGACGCCAAGCUGCAUCUGGCCUACACGCUCGACAGCGAGGGGUAUUUGACGUUGAAGGUAGCGAAUAUUCCCCUCCGCUCGGUGUGGGAGGUGAGCAUGCGUAUCGAGCUGGUCGUGGACGACGCUCGCGAGGCGCCCUGGCCGCGCGCCGGCAACGUGCGCGUCGCGCGCGUCGUGUCCGACGUCAGCGUGGCCGACAGCGACGUGCGCCGCGCGCUCGCACACACGCCGCGCGACUGGGGACACGCGCCCAGGACCAUAUGGAGAAUGUUCCGAUACCUAAAACACAAGACUCGCGACGACGACAUCCUGCUGGGCGCUUGACAACACCUGUAUGUACGUAGCGUGUUUGUAACGUCCUGUAUAUAACGGCAUUACGUCAUAGUGGUGACGUCACGAGGUACCGCUCAAAGUUACUACCGAAAAUUGUAUUUUUUUUAAAUGAUCGAAAUUUUAUUAUUUUGAUGAAAGUGAAAUAAAGGACUACAUUGAAACUUAUUUUUGGUAUAAAUUAUGAAAAGCUUUCCAAAUUAAACAUUUUUGAAUUUCCGAUAUUUAUUUUGGCAAUAACGCAAAAUUUGUGGUAGCAAAAAUAUAUUUGUUUUGAGAUUUUCAGUCACAAUAAUAUACCGUUAAUUUCGCGAUAUCUCAUUUUAGGUGCACAUAAACAAUCUCUUGAAUAGAACUUGAAAGACUUGCAUAUGUCUAAAACAUUUAUACUAAUAAUACAAUACACGGUCUACCCUCUAUUCCAUAGCAUUAAUACCAUGUUUUUACUUCACGAAAUAGUCCCAUUUUCAAUAUUAGACGAGGAGACCGAUGACAGUUCAUUAUUUUACAUAAAACUAUAUUUAUUAAAAGGACUUUUCCUAAAAGUAUUGCGGAAAUUACAUUUUAUAAAUCAAUGAAAAAGAUUGGUAGCAACUGUCGUAAGAAUGACUCAUUAAACGAUGCAACAGUUCACUUACGCGUAUCUAUCGAGAUCGCCCGACUUGUUUCGGACUCAACCGGAGUCCUUAAUCAUGUGGGUAAUACCGAUAAAUACGCGUUAGUAAACCGUUGUAUGAUUGACUAAGAUGAAAGGUACUUUGAGGAGUAUUUCGGAUGUAUCAGCCCGUUUAAACACGGUUUCCGUUUUACUAAGCAGUUUCGGAUACGUUUUUUUCUUCUUCGAUAGUUAAAUUGUAUGAGGUGGUUGACAUGAUAUUCUCAUUAUCAAUGCCUGGGUCCGAAACUAGUCGGCGAUUCCGAUAAAUACGCGCGAGUAAAUUGUACUAUUUUUUUAGUAGUGUUUUCGAACAACAAUAUUGGUUAUUUUAGCAACGUGUCCGAUAAAACUGGCUAGGAAAAUGGAGAUCAAUAGCCAAAAGGUUUAGAUUUAAAAUCGCUUGCAGAAAAAUACACUUCGUAAUGUUUAAACUGAUAAUGCGAAAGCAAAUUGUACUAAAAUUAAAUCUCUGAUAUCCGAUUUUAGUCCCUUAGGCCGUGGUCACAGCAAACCUAUAGUCAGUUGUCAGACGGCCAUUGCUAAAAGCCGUCACAUUCUUAUAUAUUCAUCAUUAUCAGCCCAUAUUUGCCCACUGGUCAUAGGCCUCCCCAAUUGCACGCCAUCGAGAUCUAUCUUCGUAUGCUCGCAUCCAGCUCCUGCUAGCCAUCUUAAGCAGAUCAUCCUAGACUUAUAGCAGUUUAUCUUUGUCAAUUUAUUCAGAAACACCUGUCUAAUAUAUUUUGAUUUUCUAAAUGAGGAACUAAAUAGACUUUUACUGUUUUAAUCCAGUCAUUUCAUGAUGUCAACUGCAAGCGAUUAAAAAUAGUUUUUCUUUUAAAUAAGACUGUAAAAUUAAACAUAUCCCUAGCUGUAUAGAUUUACAAAUGGUAUUUCGAUUUAGUUUUAAAUUGUAUAAAUGUCGAACAGUUCAAAAACACUUUUAAAAUACUGUUGUUUUGUCAUUUAAACAUUAAAACUAUUAAUAAUAAUGUGUUUCGAUCAAACAAAGAUUUGGUUGCAUGACUGUGGGAGUCGUUUUUUUAUACAAAGUACCUUCAUUUAUCUGAAAUUUAUGUUUUUGCAAGCUUUAUUCGA